AUGGCUGCACUAAAACCAGUAAGUGAAGUAAAGAUAAAAGAAAGCGUAGAAGUUCGAUUUCGUUGGGAUAAAGACAAUAAAAUUUCAAAUUUAAUUCAUAGUUUAUCAAAUUUUAAAUCUCAAAUGGAAUAUAAUAACAAGGAUUUUAAUGCUGACAAAUCAAAUCAGUACGAAAGUUGUAGAAAUGCUUUGGCUAACAUUUACUGUCAUGAGCCAAGUUGGUUUGGGCCUGUUUGUCCUUAUGACAAUAUCUUAUCCGAACAAAAUAAAAUUGAUAUAACUCUUAUUAAAAGAGGUUAUACUAGAGUUCAAGAAAAAAUCAAAGAAAUUCGUCAGAAUUUUUCAUUAGCUGUAACAUCAGGUCGAAGGAGUGGAAGUGGAAAAAUACUUCUUGAAUUUUAUGAUCAUCUAGUUCAAAUAUGGGGUGGAUCUCCAUCUAUAGAACCGUUAUUUUUUGGGAAAUCAACGUAUGAUGUUAAUAAGGAAAUUAUGGAUAAUAACAAAAGUGUAGAAAAUUUAACAUGUAGCACUGAAGACACCACAGUUAAAAAUACAGAUAAUGUAAAUCUAUGUUCAAGUUCUUGCAGUAUUAAGGACAAUAGUGUAGUUGAUUUUUCUUUAUUAUUACAGAGUCCAGAAACUUCAUCUGUUGAUAGUGAUAUCUCAACUAAAAAAAAGAAACGUAAAAAUGACAAUAAUGAAAUUGUUCCAAAAUUUAUUGACAAUAAGCGACGACACAU